CAAUUGAUCAUGCAAUCCGGAAAGCCAUUGGUUAUGAAGCUCCCAAUCUCAGCUACCGUACACGAGCUUAAGACUGAGCUUCAGAGUCUUCUCGAUAUUCAGGCGGAAACAUUGGAGAUUUCUCCUUCUGAUGUAACGUGUGCCGAUUCUGAUCUUUUAACUGAAGUUGCUGGUCUAGGCAAAAACAAACAAAUUAAGCCGGUUGUGUCUUGCUAUGAAGGCAACAAUUUUGUGGGCUUGAUACUAUUCUCUCUUCAAGCCGAGGAUAUUGCGGUUCCAUUGGUCGAUAAUUCGGUGUCAGACCCAAGUAUUGACGUUGUGUCGCUCGAAGGAAGUGAAUCUUCCGGGAAUCUAUCCUCGGGAUCUAGUGGCGAAAAAACCAUAGAGACUAAACGGUUCAAACAUGUUCUCCAAUCGAGUGAGGAGAGUGUAGAAAGCCCCUCGUAUGGAGAUAUGCAGGAGGCAUGCGAUAUGGGAGGGUGCGGAAUAAAGUCCCGACCACGCCCGGUUAAAUCUGAGAUGGAAAUGGAACCAGAUGUUAUGAAUGGUCAGCGGCCCCCGUACGUUAACAUUUUGCCAGAGAACAGGCCGUUUGUCGUGGUUAUAUCUUCCUUAGAAUGUGAGAAAAAUUUUUGCGACCUGUUGGAAGAGUUCUUUGGGAUUUUUCGGGACUUUAGAAACGUUAGCUGCUUGGAUUUCAAUGAGGUGACUCCGGUUAUCGAAUACAAUGGGCGGCUUUACAUUGCAGCGGCCAACGAGGAUUCGAUGGACUGGGUGGGGCGCAAAGUAUGCUCCAUGGAGUCGUAUCAGGCCGUCAGUCUCAUAGACUUUCUACACCUGACACCGGCCAGAGUUACGUGGCCAAAGGUCGAGAAGUGUUUGCAGUCAAUUUUCGAGCUUCUGGAACAGCAGAAUGCUAAUAUUACGACGGAUAAGUGGGCUGUGGUGAGCCGCGAAGAUGCACCCCCUAUAGUGACAGAUAUUUGUCCCAACGAACAGGUUGAAAUCUGGAUGGAUGCGGACAGUGUAAAUAUCAUCAAGGGGAGAUGCAACCGCCUCAAAUUUUGUUUUUGGAUUCUCAAAUUUGAGUUUUGCGAGUAGA